UCGUUGAUCUGCGUCCGAAAUCACCGAGGGCUGAAGCUUUAUGUGGCAUAACAGGGUGUACAAUAGCGGCAAGGCAACCUACGUAUGGCAAUUCAGAGCCGAUAUUGCACAUAUGUCCCAUCGGACAAAAUUUGACCACAAAGGGUGAGAUUCUGGUACCCUAGUGCAAUCUAGGACAGGACGGCGCUCAUACUGAUACAAAUACAGGCUGGUAGAAGACGUUGCAGAUGAUAUACUAGUCAACCUCACUCUUUCUAUAAUUUAUCUCACUAGGAGAGACUGAGAAGGCUCGGAACAUUCCUUAUUCUACUCCCAAUAUUGAAAAAAAAUCUAUCCAAGUGGAUCAUGACUUCCUUCAAAGUCCUCAUCGUGGGGGGCGGCAUCGCCGGCCCAGCCGCCGCAUACUGGCUAUCGGGCAUCCCGGGCGCCGAAAUCACACUCAUCGAGCGAUCCUCGAAAAUGCGCGCAUCAGGCCAGCAAAUCGACCUCCGCGUCGCGGGGGUAGACAUGAUAAAGAAAAUGGGCAUCGAGCCAGCCGUGCGAGCCGCGAGCUGUCGGGAGCCCGGCACACAGAUCAUCGACGUCCAGGGGCGCGUGAAAGCUUUCUUUCCGGCCGCCAAGCACGGCGCUGCGAGGCAGAGCCUGACGUCCGAGUACGAGAUCAUGCGGGCCGACUUGGUGAAGAUAUUGUACAAGCUCACGGACGAUUGUCCGAACGUGAAGCACGUGUACAACACGAUGCUUGAGAGCUUCGUCCAGGACGACGAGAGCAAGGACGAUGGCAAAGUCCACGUGACCCUCUCAGGCGGGCGCAAGGAGGACUUCGACCUCGUGCUCGCUGCGGACGGAACAGGGUCGAAGACGCGAAAGAGCAUGCUAGGUCCCGACGCCCCUGAUCCGCGACGCAGGACAGGCGGCUACAUCGCUUACUUCAGCAUACCCUCACAACCCGACGACUCAGACAGACUGACGGUGUGCUGGUUGCCCGGACCGCGCAUGGCACGAGGCCUCAUGACGCGGAAGGACUGUCCCGAUUUGUUACGGAUCUACAUGAUGAUCGGGCAGCGAGACGAAGCCAUCGACGCCGCACUCCAAUCGGGAGAACUAUCAGCCCUGAAAAAGGCAAUAGCCGACGUCUACGAAGGCGGCGCAUGGCAAACGAAGCGUUUCAUGGAGGCGCUGCUCCACGCGCCCGAGGCAGAUGACCUAUACUGCACGCCGUUCGAGGAGGUCUCGCUCCCCGUCGGCUCGUGGUCGAAAGGGCGGGUCGUGCUCCUCGGGGACGCAGCGCACAGUGGCACGGCGAACGGAUACGGGACGUCGUGGGGUCUGAUCGGGCCGUAUCUCCUGGCCGGCGAGCUGGCGAGCUUAUACGAGGACGACAAGCCCUUGCCCACCGCGGCUAUUGUCCAAGCCGCGAAGCAAUACGAGAAGGUAUUCCGGCCCGCGGCCCUUGCCGGUCAUGGAGAGAGUAACUGGACCGAGUCGAUGUUCGCGCCCCGGACGGCACUUGGUAUUGCGAUUCUGAAUUGGAUCGCUGGGUGGGCUGCAUACUUUAGAGUUGAUAAGCGGUUUGGGAUUGACGGGGCAAUCGGCAAAUGGAAACUCCCAAACUACCCCGCGCUGGAUAAAUAUUACCAGUCAGGGUGAUUAUUAUUUGGGCUGCCUGUGCGUGUCAGCGGGCUAACUCUGUAUAUUUAUUUCUCUUCGAUGGUUAGCGAUAGGACCAGAUACCCCCCUCACAUUUAGUAUAGCACUAUACAAGUGUUACGAGCCCUUGGUGAUGCACAGGCUUUCACGUGUCAAAGUAGAUAGUCACGUUGAAUAUACGCCCUCCAUUUUUAUGCAAACUUCUUUGCUGGCAUGUAUAGCAGUACUAUUAGGUAUUUGAGUACCCGGUGCAUCGGUUUUUACUCACACUCUUAAACUGUUUUUUAAUCUUGGAAUCGCGGAAUGUUAAACAGCAACACUAGAUGAUGCAAUUAUAAUGCAACAAGUAUUCCAAAGCAGACGUUUUCUAUAUCAUCUACUUAAUGAG